AUGUCUACCUUUGGUUACCGAAGAGGACUUAGCAAAUACGAGUCCAUCGAUGAGGAUGAACUCCUCGCCUCUCUGUCAGCUGAGGAGCUGAAGGAGCUAGAAAGGGAGUUGGAAGACAUUGAACCUGAUCAUAGCCUUCCUGUGGGGCUAAGGCAAAAGAGUCUGACAGAGAAAACUCCCACGGGGAACUUCAGCCGAGAGGCACUGAUGGCCUAUUGGGAAAAGGAGUCCCAAAAACUCUUGGAGAAGGAGAGGCUGGGGGAGUGUGGAAAGGUUGCUGAAGAAGACAAAGGAGAGAGCGAGGAAGACCUUAUCUUUACUGAAAGUAACAGUGAGUUUUCUGAGGAGGUCUAUACGGAAGAGGAAGAGUCACAGGAGGACGAGGAGGAAGAAGACAGUGAUGGAGAGGAAAGAGCCAACCAAACUGCAAAAGGGAUCAAUGGAGCUGUAAAUUACGAUAGUGGCGAUCCAGACAACACCAAGCCAAAGACAUUUAAAAGUCAGAUAGAAAACAUAAACUUGACCAAUGGCCACAGUGUUAGGAACACCGAGUCACCGGCUGCCAUUCACCCUUGUGGGAAUCCUACAGUUAUCGAGGAUGCUUUGGAAAAGAUUAAAAACAAUGACCCUGACACCCUCGAAGUCAAUUUGAAUAAUAUAGAGAACAUCACGACGCAGACUCUCACCCGCUUUGCAGAAGCUCUCAAGGGCAACACGGUGGUGAAGACCUUCAGCCUGGCCAACACCCACGCCGAUGACAGUGCGGCCGUGGCCAUUGCGGAAAUGCUCAAGGUCAACGAGCACAUCACCAGCGUCAAUAUCGAGUCCAACUUCAUCACGGGGAAGGGGAUCCUGGCCAUCAUGAGAGCUCUGGAGCGCAACACGGCGCUCACCGAGCUGCGCUUCCACAACCAGCGGCACAUCCUGGGCAGCCAGGUGGAGAUGGAGCUCGUCAAGCUGCUCAAGGAGAACACCACGCUGCUGCGGCUGGGCUACCACUUCGAGCUCCCAGGGCCCAGGAUGAGCAUGACGAGCAUCUUGACGAGGAAUAUGGACAAACAGAGGCAAAAGCGGAUGCAGGAGCAGAAACAGCAGGAGGGAGGCGACGCGGGAGCCACCCUUAGGACCAAAGUCUGGCAAAGAGGAACUCCUGGCUCCUCCCCCUACGCCUCUCCCAGGCACUCGCCGUGGUCGUCCCCGAAGCUCGCCAAGAAGGUCCCGACUGUGAGGAGCCGGCCUCAGUCCGUGCAAGAGAAGAAAGCGGAAGAGAGUUCGCAGCCUUCCACCCCGCAGAGGUCCGUUCACGACAACCUUAUGGAAGCCAUCCGGGGAAGCAGCAUCAGACAGCUGAGGCGGGUGAGUAACCCGAGCGCGGAUGUCCGGGCCCGGAUCGAGCGAGUACUCGGCCUCCUGCUCGUGACGAGAGUGCCCUCUCAAAGUGGACGUCCCAGAAGCUCUCCGAUGAGCACACGAUCUGUAGAAGAGGAUGCGCAAUUGUUCAGUGGCAUCAAACAAAAUGCCUGUGAGAAGUUUCUAAACGACCUUCGAUUUGAAAUGUUCCCUGGCUUGACAAAGUAG